CAAAUCCAAUUCCAAGACUGAAACAUAAAUAAACAAAUCCCUUCUCUUCUCUCUAUAUAUAUAACAAACGCUACACGUAUUCUAUUCAAUUCAUCAUCGAAUCUCACACACCAAGAAGAUUUUGAGAUCUUUCUUGUUCUCAGGGAUCGUCUUCAUAGAUCAUAAUCAUCUCAAGAAGAAGAAAGAAUAUGGAUUCGCAGAAAAGCACAUGUAAUCCAAUGUGCGCCAAGGGCUGUGGCUUCUUUGGGACAGCAGAGAACUAUAACCUCUGCUCCAAGUGCUACAACGACUAUAUCAAAGAGGAGCUAAUUGCUAAAUCGAGUAUGUCUGUCAAACCAGCAGCUACACCAAUUGAUACCCACCAAUCUUUAUCAACCAGGACCGAAGAAACGGAUAGGACAGUUGCCUCGGGUUCAACCUUAAAGAAUAGAUGUGAGAGUUGCAAUAAGAAGGUGGGUUUCACAGGGUUCGAGUGCCGCUGCGGGAAGGUCUUCUGUGGGUUUCACCGCUUCCCUAAAGAGCACUCGUGCACGUUCGAUUUCAAGAGCGCUGAUCGUGAACUCUUGGUUAAGAGAAAUCCGAUCAUCAAGGGUGAUAAGAUGGAUACUAGGCUCUGAAAAAGUAUAGAUUUUGAUUAUUGAUUGCAUGAGAUCAUUGUAUAAAACAUUAAAGUAAUCCUUUUUUAUCUAUC